GUCUCAGAGGAGUAUACUCGCACAAUAUAUUUGUUGGACCAAAAGGGAACGACGAAGAUUCGUGUGGAAAAUUUUUCUCACCUUGCAAAACUAUCAGAUUUGCUGUGAGCAAUAUAUCAAAAGAUGGGGACACAAUACUGAUAGAUUAUGCUGGACAACAGCCGUAUAAUGAAUGUGAAAGUUGUGCACCAUCGAAAUCGGCCAUUACUAUAGACAAAUCAUUAUCCAUUUUUGGGCACAACGGAACAGCCUUUAUUCGAUGCCGAUAUAGAUGCAUUCUUUUUGAAGUACGAGGGAAUGGCAUCCGUCGAUCACGAAUAGAGUUUGCAAAUCUCUCAUUGUCCAUGGCUCAAACGGCAGUUAAUUAUGUCACCACAUCAUCCGAUCUCGUUUUGAAGAAUUGUUGGCUGAAGAAAAAUAGAAUUGGCAUAUCUCUACGAAGUUCUCCACAUGUUUUGCUGCUCGUGGCCAACAGCGUUUUUCAAGACAAUUACGAUUGGGGCGUAUACUCGAAGAAAUGCAUCAACAUGUCAUCUGUAUUUGUGUCUUGCAACUUUCUUUCAAGUCUCGUACUACUUGAGACAAACCAAGUCCAACCAAUCUCCUGGCAAGAGUUUCGUACGUUCAUUUGGAACUGUACUUUUAGAAGCGAUAGAAAAUACCACGGACGAAGAUGCCCAACACUUCUCAGCAUGAAAACUGUUUCCAUGGCAACCAAUAUAACAGUACGUAAAUCUAUAUUUUCCAAUAGUUCCGGUUUAUGUCAUGCUUUCUCCAUAACUGAAGCCACCAAUACUCACAGAGUAACUACAUUUAUUAGCCUGGAUAAGUUACUGGUUGAAAAUAAUCGAAAUGAUAGAGCCGUUAUGUUCAUUAAUCCCUUCUACAAGCGGCCGUCUAAGUUCAAAGUAAAAAUCAUAAACAGUGUCUUCCAUAAUAAUACUGCUCGAACCGUACAUGCUGACAUAAAACGAUGGAGGUUCUACACUUUUCCGCAAAGUGUGUACAUUUUGUUCAAUAAUAACACGUUCGCAAAGAAUGGCUACUUUGUUCAUCCUCCUCCAGCUUUGUAUUCACCAGUUCUUUAUUUAAAAAGAGGGAGACAUCGGCUAUAUGGGUGCACCUUUGAGGACAACUACCCACAUGGAACUCCAAAUUCCGCGGUCGUUGUUCCAUCCAAUUCAGCAAAUAUUGUUAUUAAAGAUUGUCUGUUUUCAAAAACAAACACUACAAAAUCCCUUCAAAUUUAUGCAGCACCAAGUAGCAGAAUUGUUUUCAAAGGGAUAACCAUUUUCACGAUAAUAGCGACCCUUUCAGAUCAAGUAAUUAUGGAGCACGAAAGCAUGGGAAAUGCAGGUCAAGUUGAAAUAAGAGGCACAGUACAUAUGAUAUGCCCCUCUGGUUAUCGUUUUAAUUUUAUGAAUCACAAUCUUCAUGGCCAGAUUUUGACAUGGCUAUACUUUUAUGCUUCGUGUGUCCAAUGUCCGCGAAAGACCUACUCCAUUGAAAAAGGAAGGUUGAAAAACAAUAUUACUAAUGACAUCAGUUGUUAUAACUGCCCACGAGGUGCUGUGUGUGAGUCUGGACAACUGUAUGUAAAGAGAGGAUUCUGGGGUAAUGAAAAUAAUAAUCAUAAAGUCUAUUUUAAGUCUUGUCCAUUUGGAUACUGUUGCGAAGAAGAAACUUGUAACUCGUAUAGUUAUUGUCAUGGUAACAGAACUGGAACGUUAUGUGGUAGAUGUCCAGAAGGAACCUCAGAACCAUUAUUUAGUACAGAAUGCAGGAUAAAUGAAGAUUGUACCGCCCCUGGAUUUUGGAUUUUCUUUUCUAUUCUUUUAAUACUCUACCUUGUAUUCUUUUUAUUCCAUGAAGAAAUAACUCGGUUUUUUACGAAAAGUUUUCCAUCACGACAAAAUUCCAAUAUUAGAAAUUCCACUCAACAAUCAGGACCUCAAAAUAAUUCUUCAAGUGCUAGUGGUUAUCUCAAAAUAUUUUUCUUCUAUUACCAAAUGGUCCAUAUUAUUUUAGAAAGCAUUCCUUCUGGACACCAUGCAGGAUCCUUGUCUAAAUUUAAAAGUUCUGUUUCUCAAGUAAUUAACAUGGUCAUUGUCAAUUUUUCCUCCCAAGAUUGUCCGUUUAAAAACCUUCGUCCUACCUCAAA